AUGGCGUCUUCUGAGCAAAACUUCUGCUGGACCCAAACCACCGCCGCUUCCGAACCCAGUCAACCAACACCGGUGAGAGCUCAAAGAGGGAGAAACAGAGAGAAAGAGCGUCUGAGAGAGGGAGAAAAUGGCGAGAGGGAGAAAUGGAGGGAAGAGGAGAAAAGGAAGAAACAAAAAGUUUUGGCUUCUGAACCCAGUCAACCAACACCGGUGAGAGCUCAAAGAGGGAGAGGGAGGGAGAAACAGAGAGAGAGGGAGAAAAUGGCGAGAGGGAGAAAUGGAGGGAAGAGGAGAAAAAGGAGAAAACAAAAAGUCUUGGCUGACAGUGGAGAGAGAAGCUUAAGAAAAGCACUUACUUCAGACAAAUUGCCUCCUGCUGAUGCAUUGGUCAGGGUCUCCCAUGGGUCUUCGAACAAUGAAACAUGUACUAGUUGGUGGUCUGAAUGGGAUAAUGAAUUUCCAGCUUCUGUUUUGAAGAGUGCUGAAAACGAAAUUCCUGAGAAUACAAAACAAAACAAAACAAUGAGAAAGCAAGGAGGGAUUAAGAAAGCACCAAUACCUGGGUUUCAGAAACCAAUCUCGCUGAGAGAAGAAUCCAUCGGGAGAAAACAAACCAAAGGCGGCUCCAACAAUUCCAAGUCCAUGCUAAAAGUUGAGCACUUGCAGAAGCUAGCAGCUUGGGCGAGUGGGGAGGCUGCUAUUCUUUCUUUGGGUGCCACUUUUGGGCACCGUUUGGCUACUGUAACAGAGGCCAUGGGGGUACCGCCCGACCCUUCUCUGUUUUCAUGCGAAAGAUGUGAAACAAUUCUUCAGCCCGGCUUCAACUGUACUGUCCGAAUUGAAAAGAAUAGGGCAAAGGCAAGGCGUAAAAGGAAGAAAACUAAUAAUUUCACCCAGAACAAUAUGGUAUACAAAUGCCACUUCUGUUCACAUUGGAAUCUGAAGAGAGGGACCCCGAAAGAGAUAUGUCCCUCAAAGGCCAAAACAUCUUCAAAAUCAGAAACUGCAAAACCGAAGCUUCAGAAAUGUGCUAGCUUGGAGAAGAGCUCCAGAAGCAAAGAUGAUAUCAGUAAAACAGAUGAGAUAGCUUCACCAGCUUUUGCUGGGGAGAUUCCUGCAACAGAUAGUCCUGCAACUCCAUUGGUGAGAAGUGGCACUAAUUUGCUGGAUGCGAAGAGGGGAAAGAGAAACCGAUCAAUAUCCAAGAAACCAGCUGGAACUGAAAGGAAUUCUACCCCAACAGAUGUGGAAAAAGCUGCAAGCACGUCAAAUAAACGAAGAAAAAAAUCUUGGACUAGUUUGAGGGAAAUUGCUGACAGUGCCGAGCAUGAUAGCAGCCCGAAGAUCACUAAUUUGACAAUCCCAUUUUGUUUAUAAACA